AUGGUAGUAUUUGCAUUAAGUACACCAUGCUUGCAUGCUCUUCGGAUUGUCAAAACUAAGACAAGAACUAGUGUUUUUGUCUCCCCUAAGUUUGUGUUGGGACCAGGAUCAGUUGCAGACAAGUAUUACUACAAUAUCGACUUCCCGAGAGGUCAUAUUUCAAUCAAGAGCUUCAAUGGUGAAGUAAUUGAUAAGGAAGGGAAUCUGAUUCCCCUUCACGAAUCUUAUCUCCAUCAUUGGGUUGAAUAUGAUGUCGAAGAGUCUUGCAGUGCGAAUAGUGAUGCGUGCAUUGACAGCCAAUCAUCAAUGGCUACUAUGCCGACUGGUGGUUAUGUCGUCUAUGGUGUAGCUCAUCAGCACACAGGGGGAAUCGGUUCAACUCUAUAUGGAGAGGAUGGACGGGUUCUGUGUUCGUCAAUACCAAUUUAUGGAAAAGGGAAGGAAGCUGGACAUGAGGCUGGUUAUAUUGUAGGAAUGUCGACUUGUUAUCCUCAACCCGGCUCAGUCAAAAUAAACGAUGGGGAGACUCUGACUCUAGUAUCUAAUUACAGUAGCGCCCAGACACACACAGGAGUUAUGGAUCUCUUCUACAUUUUGGUUGCAGACUAUCUUCCAAAGUCCGCUGCGCUUAGCUUGGACACUACACUUUGA